AUGGAGUACGAAGAUGUACUGCGACAGUACCUCGGUGAGUUCGGCAGGUACCAGAAACUGGCAGCUUUGCUCAUCGUCCUGGUCGGUCCGUCUGUCGGGGCAACCAUGUUCGCCCAGGCUUUCCUAGCGGCCACACCGGCGCACCACUGCCGCCUCUACCCGAACGACUCCUCGGCGAUGUACGGCCACCCUUCCGAGAGGCUCAACUUGAGCGUUCCCAUGGAAAACGUGGACGGCAUGUGGAGGUACAGCUCUUGUCUGAUGUACAAUGGAACUGGUGGAACAUCCGAGGGGAGUAACCAAACAGUGAGAUGUAGCGACGGUUGGGAGUACGAACAGAGCGUGUAUCGCAGCACUGUUGUGACAGACUACGACCUGGUGUGUGAGCGACACUGGUUAAAGGAACUGGGACAGUCCAUCUUCAUGGUGGGGGUGAGCGCUGGGGGACUCAUCUCAGGAACGACAUCAGACAGGAUCUUCUAG